AUGUAUUUAAUUAUUUUUCGCAGUUUUUUUUUAUUAUUAUUGAUAGAAAAAUGUAAGGGUAGACCAAAUUUUAUUUUUAUAAUUGUUGAUGAUUUACGACCAGCACUUGGAUGCUAUGGAGAUGUAAAUUCCUGGUCACCAAAUAUUGAUAAUUUAGCUCGAAAUGGAUUUUUAUUUACUCAAGCUUAUGCACAGCAAUCAUUAUGUGCACCGAGUAGAAAUUCAUUAUUAACUAGUCGAAGACCUGACACACUGAAGCUCUAUGAUUUCUACAAUUACUGGAGAAAUACAGUUGGAAAUUUUACAACUUUGCCACAACAUCUCAAAGACAAUGGCUAUAUUACAAAAUCAAUUGGAAAAAUAUUUCAUCCUGGUAUUAGCUCAAAUUAUUCUGAUGAUUCACCUUAUUCUUGGAGUGAUACACCUUUUCAUCCAUUUACUAAUCGUUUUAAAGACUCACCAGUUUGUCCAGCAGCUGGAAAUUCAUCAGCAAAAAAUCUAGUGUGUCCAGUAUCAUUGUCAUCUAUGCCAAUGAAAACUCUGCCAGAUAUUGAAAAUCUAAAUGCUGCAAAUGAUUUUUUAGCUAACUAUAAAAAUAAGCUUUUAUCUAAACCAUUUUUCCUUGCUGUUGGUUUCGAAAAACCUCAUAUUCCUCUUAAAUAUCCUAAAAAAUAUUUAGAUUAUCAUCCAAUUGAAAAAUUUAAAUUACAUAAUUAUUAUUGGCCAAAAAAUGUUAGCAGUGUAGCAUAUAAUCCUUGGACUGAUAUACGAGAACGUCAAGAUGUCGAAGGACUAAAUUUAAAAUUUCCUUGGCAAAAAAUACCACAUUAUUUUGGUAAAAAAAUUGUACAAUCAUAUUAUGCUGCUUUGUCGUACAUUGAUGAUCUUGUUGGACAACUUUUAAAGAAAAUUUAUACUUUAAAUUUGGAAAAUAAUACUAUCAUUGUACUGACAUCUGAUCAUGGAUGGUCACUUGGACAACAUUCACAAUGGGGUAAAUAUAGUAACUUUGAUGUUGCCUUGAAAGUUCCAUUGAUAAUUUCAUUGCCAAAUCAUCGAAAUAAUUUUGAUAAAAAUAUAAAUUCAAUUGUCGAACUUGUUGAUAUAUUUCCAACAAUUGCUGAGCUUGCUGGAUGUCCAAUUAAAUCUUGUACAAAUUCAAAAGAUAAUCUUUGCAGCGAAGGUAUCAGUUUUGUUCCUCUUAUUAAUGCAAACAUUAAAAAUCAGACAAUAAAAUGGAAACAAGCAGCAUUCAGUCAAUAUCCACGUCCAGGUAUAGAACCAACUUGGCAUCCAAACAGUGAUAAACCACGUCUUGAUGAAAUAAAAAUAAUGGGUUAUACACUACGAACAAAACACUAUCGAUAUACAGCUUGGAUUAAAUUUAAAAAUAAAAAAGCAUACUGGAAUAAAAUAUUAGCUGAAGAAUUAUAUGAUCAUCGUCAUGAUCCAAAUGAAAUGUCAAACUACUCAAAUGAUCCAAUGUAUAAAAAAUUAAAAACAAAAUUAAAUACAUAUCUAAAAAAUAGAUGGUAUAAUUUUUAAUAAAAUAAACAAUUAACAUUUAUAAUUAAACAAAA